UGGUCUCAAACAAAGUUUGUUUAUUACAGGAGUAGAACUCAUAGACGAAACGACAACCCGAAAUUUGUACCUUUCCAUCGAGCUAUAGUUUACUUCAAACAGACUAAGAAGUGACAAGCAAAUCAUGGCAAAUCAUACUAAAGAAAAUGGAGUACAUUUCGACAGGAACAAAGAAAAUAUCAAGAAGUCACCAGACCAAGCCAGCCUGAGUACCGCCAUCAUGUCCAUCCUUGGUGUAAUGUUUGCAAUAUUCUGUGUCGCAUUCCGAUCCACUCUUCUUCAUCAUGGCCAAUCAUUGUGGUUUGCAUCCGGGAACUUCAUAGCCAGGCAGUGGGGAGUCUUCUAUGAUUAUUUUGAUGGAAAUCUGGCUAAAAUGGGAAUAGCUCUUCAUUGUCUAUCUAUGCUGGAGCACUGGUUGCUAGGAGGAUUGUUUCUCAUCAUGGAUCUGACUGGAAAACCAAAAUUCAUUACGAAAUACAAAGUUCAGUUAGACCAAACAGAGAUCCCUGCGGGUAAAUUACGAAGGACUUUAUGGACCGUCUUUCUGAACCAAACUCUUUAUAACAUUCCCAUCCUGGUUGCUUUAUACUACGUUGCUGUUUGGAGAGGGUGUGGAUCUACCGUUGAUGAGCUACCAACUUUCCAGACUUUACUUUAUCAGAUAGCUGUCUUUACUGUGGUCGAGGAAUUCGGAUUUUACUAUAGUCACAGAUUACUCCACCACCCAUGGUUGUAUAAGAAAUUCCACAAAAUACAUCACGAGUGGACAGCGCCUAUUGGGCUGGUGUCUUUAUACUCGCAUCCAAUAGAAAACUUCCUCUCAAACUCAUUCCCACCUAUACUGGGCGUGGUCAUUGCUGGUUCUCAUAUUCUUGUAGCAUCAGCGUGGUUCAAUGUGGCUCUUUUUGUGUCAAUCAUCACUCAUUCAGGAUAUCAUCUUCCAUUUCUUCCAUCGCCAGAAUUCCACGACUACCAUCAUUUCAAAUUCACCAAUAACUAUGGAGUUCUUGGGAUACUAGAUUGGCUUCAUGGAACCGAUACAAACUUCAGGAAGUCAAAGCAGUUCAUGAGACACAAGGCACUCCUUGGGUUCAAACCACUCAACCAAUCUAUUCCUGAUAAUACAAAAUAAAGCAAAUAUAAAUUAAAAAAAAUAAGCGAUAUUACGCAAAAGAAAUUUUAAAGAAGUUGUGGUGCGCGCCUUAUAAACAAAAGAGUUAGUCGAGGAUAUUGGCGUGUGUUUUUUAAACCGUUCUUGAUUUUGUACCAAUUCUUUUGUGCAGUAGAGAAAUGUUAAUUUGUUUUAUUAUUUUGUGUACUAUAUAUUUUCGUUAUUUUAAGUUCAGUCCUACAUUCCAGUCACCAUGCAGGGGCGGCGGAACCGGGGUGGGCAGGGGCCCUAAAAAUUCACAGUAGGAAAAAUGUCCUUUUUCAAAAUAAUGGAUAGUGCCCUUUGUUUAAAUGAAAAAUACCCUUUUAAGUGAAGCGUAAUACAUUUAAGAUUAGAAAAUUACAAUUUUUUGGCUCGCGAUUUGCGAUCGCAUCAAUUAUUGUUUAGUAAGGUACUCAUUCUGUUCUUUGUUACAAAUAUUGGUAACAAUGUUCAGUUUUCAGGUUGAAAUAU